AUGGCCAUGCCUCGCCCUCACAGGCGUCGCAAGGAAAAGAAGCUCAUGACCAUGGACGAUGUGAACGAGCGCUUCCCUCUUGCAAAGUACAAGGUCUGGAGAGCCUCACGCGAGGCCCAUGGACUGCCUGCCGCCGGCGGUGUCAGCGCUGCCCCGAGUCGCGCUCCAAGCAUUCGACACUCCGAUCCGCCAACCCUGCAAGACCCACCUCAAUCUCCUCGUACCACUCUAGAAAUUGCCCAACAAUACCAUGCCACCACCAUUACCGCUGCCUCGUCGACUGCCCCCAUCACUACUUAUGACAAAGUGCCAUUGGAAAAGACAGAGACCGUUGCGUCCUCUAUACACGAACAUGACCACGAGUCUGACGACGAAGACGACCCCAUCCGUACUGCCGCGCCACCUGAAAUGGUUGCGCCCCCUGNNGGAGACACUUGCGCCAUCUGUCUGGAUAACCUCGAAGAUGAUGACGACGUUCGCGGUCUCACUUGUGGUCACGCUUUCCAUGCAGCCUGUCUCGACCCAUGGCUCACCUCUCGUCGUGCAUGCUGCCCCCUGUGCAAGGCCGACUACUAUGUUCCAAAGCCUCGUGGUGCAGAUGAUGUCGACGAAACUGGUCGUAGGGAGCGCGGCAUGCGUUUACCCUCAAGCCCUGCCGCUGCUUGGAUUGGUGCUCGUAGAUCAGGUACCACGGGCAGGAGGCGCAUGAUGCUGGGUGGUCCGAGAUUCCUGGUAGCCGAAUCUCACACCGACCAGCAUGGCUUCCCACAAGUCGUGCAAAGAGGUCCGGACCCCGGCAACGCACGUGAGACUCAAGGUGGUUGGUUCAGUGGAUUGACCCGUUUUUCGAACCCUCUUCGACGCGGAAAUGGUUCGACGCAGGGCAACAAUACAACUACUACACCAAGCGAUCUUGAAGCUGGAACUUCAAGAUAG